GCGCAGAGCUGGUGACCCUCAGGCAUGAGUCACAGCCCUGGCCUGCUCACUUCUGUGCCACCCUUACCAAAAUAGAUGAAAGUAUGGUGAGGAGGAGUGGGUACUUAGCUUACAGUUCUCAGGGAUAGACUUGCUUCCUGCUUCGGAUGACUUCAAAAGGUUUGUUUCAAUCUAUUGGAUAAAUCUGCCAGAUGCAAGUUUCUUCCCAGACUCAACUGACCUGGCUACACAACAUGCACAACAGCACUGCUGAAACUCUGCACAUGAUACAACCGUGUAAUGGGAUUUCGUCCCCACAGCCAGAGACCUCCGAUUUUUCCAUGGGCGUCUUGGUGCUCCUGGCUCUGCUUAUGGUGCUGCUAGCUUUGGUUACAAUCCUUGGAAACGUUCUGGUGAUUUUUGCUUUCAUCAUGGACAGAAAUCUCAGGCAUCGGAGUAACUAUUUCUUUCUCAACCUUGCUAUUUCUGACUUUGCAGUGGGUGCAUUCUGCAUACCUCUCUACAUCCCUUAUGCCCUGACAGGGACCUGGCACUUGGGAAGAGGCAUGUGCAAGCUCUGGCUAGUUAUGGACUAUCUCGUGUGCACAGCUUCAGUGUUUAACAUUGUUCUAAUUAGCUAUGACCGUUUCCUGUCAGUUACUAAAGCUGUAUCUUACAGAGUCCAGCGGGGAAUAAUGUCCAACCCUGUUGUCAAGAUGGUGGCCAUCUGGGUCUUUGCCUUCCUCCUCUACUGCCCAGCAAUUCUCUUGUGGGAACAUGUGGCUGGCUGCAGCAUGGUGCAGGAGGGGCAGUGCCAUGCUGAGUUCUUCGACAACUGGUACUUCCUCCUUUGUGCAUCCACGCUGGAGUUCUUUGUACCGCUACUCUCAGUCACCUACUUCAAUGUGCACAUCUUCGUCAACAUCCAGAGACGCCAGAGACGUGGCAGCCUUCAGGACUCUGAGCCUCCAAGGAGCAGCAGCUCAUCCUGGAGAUCUUGCUUCAUGCUGAGACAAGGAGCAUCUUCCUCAUUGGAAGCCGAGGACAGUGUCUCGUCCUCCAUAAGGCCAAAGAAAGAGUCUUUGGUAGCUGAAAGCUUAUCUCCAUCCAGAGCCAAUUCUGUAACCCCAGAAAAUGACCUCUCGGUUUCUUUUUGUGCAAGGACCAGGUCAAAACUACAUCAGGACAAGAAAAUUGCAAAGUCGCUUGCCAUAAUUGUUUGUGCCUUUGCCAUUUGCUGGGCACCAUAUACUUUAUUAAUGAUUAUUCGUGGAGCCUGCCAAGGAACCUGUGUUCAUAACUCCCUGUACGAUGUUACCUUUUGGCUUCUGUGGCUCAAUUCUUCUCUGAAUCCAUUUCUCUACCCUCUCUGUCAUGAUAAAUUUCGAAUGGCCUUUAUGAAAAUAUUAUGUCCCAAAAAGUUUGCAACAUUAAGAUCAGGCUCCUUUUAGAAAAAGAA